GAAAAAGAAAGGUUCGAUGGAGAGUGGUGUAUGGGUCACAUUGGUGUUUGAAAUGCUGAGCCUAAAGAGCACAGUCUCUGAAGAUUUCACCAUCAGGAAGUUAAAGAAUAUUGCUGGGGCAUUUCUGAAGUAAUUCAGGCUGAGCUUCAGAGAAAAGAACAAGAGACAGGUGUAAGUGGGGGGAAGAAGCCCAGGAUGCUCGUGAAGCUUUUGCUGGUCUGUAGCACAGUAGGACUGGCAAAGCUGGUGGAACACGCAGACCGUCAUGGAGAUCGUGAUGGUUCCGUGCACAGCUUAAAGCCACGAGUUCAUGAGAGCUCUGCACACCCCCAGAGAACUCCUCUGGCACGCCAAGAAGGUUACUGGGAGGCAGAAGGGCUCAGGGAGGAUACUCAAGAUUACCCUUCAAGUGUGAUCUCCUCACAUCAAGAAGAGAAAGGGGAUUUGGAAGCUGCGAGCCCACAGCCCCGAAAUCGGAAUUGGUGUUCCUUCACGCAGUCCCGCCUGGUCACAUACAUAGAAGCCUGCAUGAAAGAGAAGUACAUUGUCAACUCCCAACAGCCCUGCCCAAAUGGAGCCCCAGACUGCCAGAAGAUCAUGUACAGGACAGCUCUGAAGCCAGUCUACCAAGUGAAACAGAAGACUUUGAAGUCUUUGCAGUGGAAAUGCUGCCCUGGAUUUAUUGGCAAGGACUGUGAGCAGCGUGAUCCUAAUUUUAUUCUGGUGCCAGGAACUGAAACUGAAGGACGAGAAGAAGAGUUCUCAAACCACAUGUCAACAUCAGUGGAUUCAAGAGAAAUGUUCGAAGUCAUUCAAAAUCAUGAGGCUUUACUGGAUGAUCUUCAAAGUGAUAUUCAUCAAGCAGCCAGCACCUUAGGUGAAUUACAGAGACUAUUUGAGAGCAACGGUACAAGCAUGGUGUUAGAAGUGAACAAGAGCAAUUCAGAUCAUCAGGAAAGGCUUCUGCAGCAAGUUGUGUUUCCUCAUGUGGAGAAUUUUCUAAGGAAACAUUUUAACCCAAUGUGGGCAAGCUUCAACAAAAGUUUACAGAACCUCUCCAACACAGUAAGAAAUCUGUCCCAUGAUGUGGAAGCCAACAAGAAAAGCAUAGAACGAUUCCAAGAAAGCACUGUGCCCAAGAAGGAAUUCCAGGAGCUGGGAACUAAAUUUGAAUCAAAAGUCCAAGAAAACAUAGUGAAAGUUGAUGAGGUGAAAAGAGAUAUAGAGAACAAAGUGCAUGUGCAGCAGGCUAAUAUUCACUAUAAUCUCAGCACGCUCAAGGCAGAUACUGACACAAGACUCAAGAAGCUUCAAAAGAUCCAGCAGUCCCAUUUCUUAGCUUUGAACAACAGCAUAGCAAACAUGAAAGAAGAGCAAAACCUUCUUGAAAAUAAACUGGAAGCUUUGAAAAAAAAUUUAACAGAACUCUCUUUACAUCAUGGUCCCAAAGAUGAAAACAGCCAGUUAACCAUCAAACAUAUGAAUGAAAUACUGUCAGGGCAUGCCAAGCAGCUUAAAGAACUUUACAUGGAGUCAGAUGUGGCCUUUCAGAAUAUUGCAGUUUUAGAGAGGUGGUUUAAGGAGUUAAAGAAAAACAUCUCAAAGUAUAGGCCAGAAGACCUUACAAUAACUUUAGCUGAGAAAUCCGUUGUUAUGGAAGAAAACAACGCAGCAAUGGAAAGGCAGAUAGCAGAGCUCAACUACACUCUCUUGAACCUUCAGGAAAACUACUCAGAUCUGCUGCGGUACAUGGAGGAAUGCAAUUGCCAGAGAGUAUCUACGGACACUGAUGCAAUGGAGGAACAUCCAAGGAAUAGCACUUAUUCCCUUGAAGACACCCAGCCAAAGGAUACGAAGCACUUGGAGUCAGUUUUCAGAGAUUUCUUCAAGAGUGAAAUUGAAGAGCUCUCCUCAGCUAUUCCAUCCAUCCAUCUGUCUCUAAACCUCCGUCAAGAAGAGAACAGACAGCUUCAGUCACAGGUUAUGGCUUUUUCAGAAGACAUGGGCCUGCUGAAGAAGAAAGAUGAAGAAAUUCAUCGAUACAUCAAGUAUCUCAACAGCUCUUUUAGCUCUCUUUUGAAAGAUGCAAUGCGGCAUGAAGAAGCACUGGAGGCCCUACUGAGACACGAAUUUCUGGAUGUCUUUUUUGAAGAUGAUUUUAGUAGCCUAAUACCAUCAGUAUUUCAGCUGCAAGAGUCUCUCAGACACUUUUCAGAUAAACUGCAAGAACAAAAUGUGACUUUAGAAUCUCUUACCAGGAGAUUUCAUCCCUUGGAGAGAGGUGACCAGAAUCAUCAUGAUGCUCACGUGCUUCCUAAGCACCCUGAGGAGGAAACACAAACCUCCUCUACUCUACAUGAAGUCAGCAGUCAACGCAGUGUCAUAGAACACAUGGAACCUAACCAUGAGGCUGCCAAAGAUGACUCCUUGGAGAGCUCAGCUUACAAUGAUAUCAUGACUCUGAAGAAUGAUAUCAAACAUCUGAGCCUGGCAAUCAAGAGGCAUGAAUCCAGAGGUGACAUAAGUCUCUGCUGCAAUCAUACAAUAGCAAAUGCAAUUGAGCCACUCAACGUUUCUGUAGAAAUUCUCUCUGCAGAUUUAGCAACCAUCAAGCGGAAUCUGGAGGAACAUAUGGUGACUUUCAAAAAACUAUUUGGAAGUAAUGAAGAAUUAGGUGCCUCAAAUAUAAGUCUGGAUGUUACAAAGAUUCAGUCAAUGCUGCAGAAAAAAGGGAGAAGGCAACAGAAAGGUCAAGACAAGCAAAGAGACAAGAAAAGAUCUGAGAAGCACAGAGAAAAUACACAAACAAUAAGUGGAAGAAAUACACUGCAGACAGAAUUUGUGGAAAAAGAUUCAUUGGUGGCAUUCCACGUGGGAUUCUCAGAAAGAAAGGAUAAAGAAAAAACCGUGAGGUUUAAUGAAACGUACCUCAAUUAUGGAAACAGCUAUUUCUCUGAACAUGGCCACUUUAAAGCACCACACAAAGGUGUCUACCUGUUUGUCAUCUCUGUGGAGUUCAGCUCAGGACCAGCACUGGGACAACUCUCCUUCAGCCGUGGGUACAAAAGAACUCUCUCAAGCAGUCAGAGGAAAACCCCACAUGGAAACACCAUGACUACUUUUGCUAUAGCAGAAAUGGAGAAGGGGGAGACAGUGUGCUUUGAAUUGCUGCACGGCUCUAUAGUGAAGCGAAGCCCACCUGGGACAACUAUGGGUGGAUUCCUAAUAUCUAAAACUUGAAUAGUGACAUUUUUAUGUUUUAUUAAUCUCCUUCCAUAGAUGCAAUGGAUGCAUUCACUACUGCUUCAUCUGUGAUGUAUUCAAUGCUACUGCAUGUGUUUAAACAUAGCACUACCCUAGGUUUGUCUUCAUGCUUCUUUUCUGGAAGUGUUUGGCUUUUGAUAAGUUGCUUAUGAGCAGCAAUGGGAUUUUCUUUCAGGUGAAAAGCUAAUGGUUGGGACUCCAGAAGUAUCAGCACAUAUAUCCCCAAAUCCUUCCAAUGUGAGAACUGCACAUAAGUGUUUUGUGGGACUUUCUUCACUUUCAACACAAAUUUCUCCCUUCCCUUGGCAAAAGAAUGUCCUCCCAUGACAAAUACCCCCCAAUCAGUGGCAAGGAAAAGAUUUUAGGUAGGACUGCACCCUCUCAUGUUAUGUGGAUGGUACCUUAAAACCCAGAAGCCAAGACAAUUUUACCUUUUAGUUCUCUGUGGACCAGAGACUAUCUUGGAAACUUCUGUAACUCACUCCAGUCUUUCAGUCUGUGCACAACAGGAACACUAGAAGAGAUUCAUCAAACCCAGUAAAAUUCACUAUAUUGCCAGCAUUUGCAAGCAA